AUGCCCGCAACAGACUCGCCAGCGCUCAUUGUAGCCCGCUUCCUGAAAGCGAAUCAUUACGUUCAGACUCUUGAAGCAUUCCUCGCCGAAGCAGGACUCACCGAAGAUGUGGUGACACUAAACCCAGGCGACUGGACGAUCGAAAAAAUCCUCGAAGAGAAGAAACAAUACGACGCCAGUCUUGCGUAUGAAAAGAAAGGCAAUGACGUGGAUGUUGGAUGGCCGGUGCCGGCACCCUCAACAGCAGUCGAGCCCGAAAACUUCCCAGCGACAUCCAACAUUCUAUGCGUGAACGGUCACAGCUUGAAUGGGGAGGCGUCCAUUUUUGUCACUGCUGCGGAUCGGACUUGGAGUCAAUUGUCGCCCAAGCCACCAUUUGAGUGGAGGCAAGGGUUGGACAAUCCCCAUGGCAGUCCGAUUUUGUCGCUCAGUUCGCUGGAGGGAGGGUAUAUCUUUUCAACUUCCAUGUCUGGACAAUUAAUGCUGCAUGGCCGACGCGGCGAACUGAUUGACACAGUCCGAGACCAUCUCAAGUAUGCUGUCCAGGUGGUCGCCGGACACACCCACCAGGGCAAAUGGAUUGUGGCAACCGCCGGGUGGGAUCAGAAGGUACACAUCUACGCCCCUGAGUAUGGGUUGGCUGAGAACUUCCGACCGAGUGAACACGCGAUCUCUGCUUCCCACAAUGAGCCGAUCAUCCCAGGACUCCUGCGCGAUCCGAUCCACACCAUCUCAACGCCUACGGUCCCGGAAUCCAUGGUCCUCGUGCGACAUCCGGAUACUCACGAGCUGUACCUCAUCAUCUCUAGACGAGAUUCUACGUUCCUGUAUUACUACUGCAUCACGCCAACUUCAUCCGAGUCAUCUUCCUCGCGGAGCAGCGAGGCCACUUAUUCUGUCCAGGAGACCGGUAGACAGAACCUCGCGCCGCACUCAAACGCCUGGGUUGCCUUUACCCCGUCCUGCCUGGCUUCGUGUCCCACGGAUCCGACUCUCCUAGCAGUGGCGACAUCUCACCUACCGCAUAUGAAACUCCUGAUCGUCCGUCUGCUCUUUCCUACGGGCUCUUACACGCCCAGCAACUCGUCCGCCGAGGAGUUACAGUCACACACGCAGGCAGCUCAGGCACGCGCAGCCCUGGCUAUUCAGGAUCGGGAGGACGCAGCGAUCAAGUUGCACGUCACCACGAUGGCACCCCAGACGCCGUACUCUAACCCGCAAGUUGUCUGGCGACCUGGAGGAAGGGGCGUAUUUGUAAAUGCCGACGAUGGCGUAAUCAGAGGUGUGGACACACAGAGUGGAAAGGUUGUGGCCUUGCUCAAGGGGCACGAAGUCGGUAGUAAAGUCCGCACGCUCUGGGCCGGGUUUGAAGCUGCUGGAACGGCGGAUCGGAGUAGUAGCGAUAGUAACAAGGAGAUCUUGGUUAGUGGUGGGUUUGAUAAGAAGGUUUUCUUCUGGCGGAUUGAAGAUGAGAAGUAG